GCUCAGCUCAGCUCUGUUCGAAGCAGCGGCAGCUUUUUGUUGCACUGUUCCAUAUAAGGGAGAAAAAGGUAGCUAGCUAGAGCCCAUGGCGACGGUGGCCACGACGUCGAUAGGCAAGGUCGGGAGGAAGAGCGGCCUGAUUUUAAGAACCCUGCAGCGGUGCAAGUCCGGGCUGAGCGCCGGCGCCUCAUCCGGCCGGUCGCCGUCGUCGCCGCCGGGGUGCUUCUCGGUGUACGUGGGCCCCGAGCGGGAGCGGUUCGUGGUGCGCGCCGAGUGCGCCAACCACCCGCUGUUCCGGCGCCUCCUGGACGAUGCGGAGCGCGAGUACGGGUACGCGACGCAGGGCCCGCUCGCGCUGCCCGGCUGCGACGUCGACGCCUUCCUCGACGUGCUGUGGCAGAUGGAGCGCGGCGACGACGCCGACGAAGGCGGCCACCAGCAAGUCGCCGGCUCUGCCUCCUCGCCGAUAUGCGGUCUGCACAGCGGCAGCAAGGGCCGCGCGGCCGGGUACAGGAUGCUAAGCCCGCGGUCGUCGUCGCCGAUAGUUGGCAGGAGGAGGUGAGCGAGAGAGCAUGCACAAAGAAAAGAUUAAUCGAUCGAGCUUUCAUGAACUAAUGAUGAUUAGCGAGCUAAUGGUGUCAUUCAUAGCAGAGACUCGUUGGCUUUCUUCUGGCCAUAUAGACUUUCUUUCUUUGUUUGUUUUUGAACUUAUAUGUACAGUAAUACCCAUUUUCAGUGGUUAGCUUUUAGCUAGGCUAACUGGCGUCCUCAAAAUAUGCAUGUGCAUGUCCAGUUGGAUCCAUCUACUCUGUCGAUCGUGUAUAUAUAAAAAAAUUGCUCGUUGUUUUAGUUUCA